CAUGGUGCGCUGCAGCUUUUGACACACUCGCGGGAAUUUAAUGUAAUCAAUGCUUUUGUUUCUACAUUUGAAACAACCUACAAUAAGUCAAUACGUGUGUUUCAUUCAACUUAACAGUUAUGGCUGAAUGUCCAGCAAGUAUUGUAUUGCGAAGUGAAGGAGUCGAGAGCUCAAACAUCGAAAAAGAGAGUGUCACGAAGCUUCUCCCCAAUAUACAGAAACUGUUUGAGUCAGAACUGUCUGAAUCUUGUGUGCCAAGUCUGGAAACAGUUGACUCGAGGACAAACUCAAAGAGCGAUGAAAAGGAGAGCGAUGAGAAGCUUGCAGACAAUCCACAGAAACUCUCUGAAUCUUGUGUGCCAAGUAAGGGACCGUUUGACCCAAAGGCAAACUUAAAGUGGGAGAUAGGGUCCCACUGCAAGGCUGUGUGGUCACAGGAUGGGCGGGUUUAUCCUGCCACCCUGGUCUGGUUGGAGGGAGAGCGCUGCAAGGUGAAGUUUGACAACUAUGGAAACGAGGAAGAGAUGGACCUGAGCGCCAUGCUACCUGAAGCUGCUGACCAGCCCCGGAAGGAGAAACGGGUGUGGAUGCUGGGUUCCCGGUGCCGUGCUGUGUACUCAGAGGAUGGCCUGGUCUACCCAGCGGUGCUGGUGUGGAUGAGAGGGGAACGCUGCCGGGUGAAGUUUGAAGGCUACGGGAAUGAGGAGGAGCUGGAGCUGAGCACCCUGCUAUCGCCAGAUGACCUGGGACGACACUGUGGAAGAGCUACUGCCAAGGCUGUGGAAGGGUUCAGGUCCACUAGUAACAACAGCGCAGACUGGAAGAAGGAUAGAGAGUGGAGGACACCUCAACAAGAGGGACAAGAGGAGCCUUCCUCACCUCGACCACCUGAGUUUGCUCCAGGAAAAGGCUUUAACCUUGGCAAUGAGCAGGGGAAUAAGAAGAAGCCAAGUAGUCGGAAAGAGGAACCAAAAGGCCGGAGUCGGGAACCAAAUGAUCACCCGUUUCCUUUUUUUCCUCCAGUGCCACCGCCCAAUGGGUCUUUGGACUUCCUGUCACUCCUGCCGCCUCCUCCACCUCCACCGUGUGUAUGGCCCCCCCGAACAGGGCUGGUGGAUGCUGGCGAUGGGCUAGGCUCGUCCGUUACAGACUUAUCCAGCAUGCUGCUCUCCUGGUACCUGUGUGGCUACCACACUGGCUGCUACAUGGCAAUGCAGCAGACAGCGGCAAGUCACAAGAGGGCUCAAAAAGAGAAACGGGCAGAGGAAUAAGGUUGGCUUAAGACCCUAGAAUGGGGAAGAAGACGAAAAGAGCUGUUUUCUUGAAACAGGACGAGUUCCAAAGACUGAAUGUUCUUGUACUACACAGAGGUAGUCCAGUUGGGGCUCUGUGUCUGAUGCAUUGCAGUUGUUGGGUUUUUUUCUUACUGAAGAUGGGUGUCGUGACCAGAAGAUGAUUAUGGAUAGGGGUAUGGUGUUAAGGGUACGGUGACCCUAGCUCAUCAAGCUGUUAACUCAGCACUUCCAAGAGGCUUUUUGGGAGGAUAUUUUUACUUUGACGUUUUUGGCACUUUAUUUUUUUUUUUUACUGUUGGAAAAAGCUUUUCCAAUGUUUGUUCGUUUUUUUUGGAGGGGGGGGGGGAGAAAAUAAUGGGACAGCUAGUUUAUGGUCAAGUGGAGAAAAAAAAUGAAUGAAUUGUUAAGCCUGCUUUUUUUUUUAAAAUGUCCGUUUAAGUUCAUUUUGGGAGUUUAUUUUAUUACUGUACAUUUGAAAUAUGUUUGGAUUUUUUAUUUAUUUUUAUUUUUCAAGAAAACAUUUAUUCAACCAAA